AUGGUGAAAUCUUUACUUCUCAUAUCCUUGCUAUUACUAUUCCAAUCAUAUCUAAAUUGCAGAGAUGUGGACAAUUUACUUGUUAUUCGAGGAGACUAUGAUGAUUCUGAAGGCUUUGAAGUCGGCUCCCAGUCAACAUUGUCCCUUGUAGAUUGUCUUGAUUGUAAUAUUAAAUCCGUCCUUAUUGAACCCAACGGGAAAUACCUUUUUACAACAUCCAUAGAAGGGUCCAAGGCAAGACCUGUUCUUACCCAUCACUCGGUGGAAAACUAUGGGAAUUUACAGAUUGAUAUAAGAAAAGACGCCAAAUCUGGAACAUUCCUGUUUCUGAAAGAUAUUAUAAACUAUUCUGAAUUUAAUAUUCUAGCAAAUUGUCAGGUAGUUUUUAGUGCUAGCACCUUUGAAAAUAAACCAGGAGGAACAUUUAGAACUCUAGCCACACCUGGUUCGGUUUUCAUUGACUUUUUCAUAAAUGAAGGGAAAAUAUGCUUACAAAACACCGCACUCUUUAUUACCAACCAAUCUUUACAAUCAAAUAAGGGUUGCAUAAUCACGAAUUCUGACUUACUUAUCCCGGGAAAUAUCGCAUCCGAUAUUUGUCUUUCAAAGGACAGCCGCUUCAUUCAGUUUACAUCUACUGUUGAUUCCGUAUACAUUGCAAACUUCGGCGGGAUACUGCAGACGAUUGAAACCGUUGUUUCAAUGAACCAAGAUACAUGUGUACUUAGAUAUAACGCUCCUUUUGUCGAGGUUCUGGAUGAAGCCCAGGGGACAAAAUUCAGCCUUAAUGUUGGAUUUGAUUACAAGGAAUCUGAAUUCGUGGUGUUAUGUGAGGACGGAUAUGUUCAAUUAUCUUAUCCCUCUGGUGUUCCAGAUGGGGCCAAUUCAUGUCCUUGUGAAUGUGGUGAACCGGAUAUACUCGACGUUCCAGGAACGAAAUGCGAAGUUUCAACACAAACAUUCCCAGGUACUACCCGAACACUUUUAAUUACUACCAGUGAUUAUAGAUGGACUACAACGACAAAAUACUUUGAGCCAACGCCAACAACAUCAAAAUCAGAAGAGUCAACCACUUCAAAAUCAGAAGAGUCAACCACUUCCGAACCAAUAGAAUCCAUAACUUCAGGAUUAGAUGCAACAACUUCCGAAUCGGAAACAAACAAUACAGAUUCAAGUGAAACUGAAUCCCAAGACUUUACCAGUUCAGCUACGACCACUUCCAAGACAACUAGAUCAGAAGUAACAACAACGAAAUCCGACCCCCCAGAAGAAUCUACUACUACUACAGGUUCAAGCAGCACUGAUACUGGAGUAGAUGGCACAUCGGAAUCAUCCUCAACAAACCCGGACACGCAAGGCUCAACUAGCAGUAAGCACGAAGAAACGAGUCCAGAUCCUAUUUGGUCUACCACUGGGGAACCUGAAACAACAGGAGGCAACAAGUCAACUUCAACGACUUCAUCAGGUGUUGUUGAAUUAUCUGAAACUGAAGCUACGGCAACAGUAGAAAUGAGCAACACAGGAGAAUAUACUAAUAUUGAGACCGAAUUCACUAGUUCUAUAUUAGAAUCAAGCGAAAUUCCACCACCCAUCAAAUUUGAGGAAUCGGAUUGGUCAGGAAAUUCAUCCACUCGAAACACCUAUUAUGGUGCCAUAACAUUAUCAAUUCCUACCGUGAAGCCUAUUACUAGCUAUAGGAAAGUCACAUCUUCUUCUAACACACACCCAACAAAGGUUUCCUCCUCGCCCCACCAAACCAUAGUGUUAACAACAAUUGAUGACAGAUUGACGCAUGUUACGUUGACGAUUUCUCCAACUAGCAGAAUUACAACUGAAAGCAAAUCAACCACAACGUCACAACAUUCUGCGGUUUCUUCAGAAACAUUAACAUCAACUCCCCAUAACAUUCCGACUAGUAAUUAUAGUGGGGGAGAAAUCACCACCCGGAAUAGGGAGACUACAUCCUUUGACCGUUCCACCGAUACAGUAUCCACCUCUGAUUCCACCAAUACAGUAUCCACCCCUGAUGUACUACUGUAUACUAUAAUUCCUCACCCUACCGUAUCGCCUAUUGAAGACUCUGGUGAGAGAGUUGUGACUGCAAGGAUGUUGUGGUUAUCCGGUAUUGCUGCUUUUGCCAUUGCGAUGAUUUUACUGUAA